CCAAUUUACUUAAACAAGGUUUCUUUCCCCAAGAAGAUUAAAUGUAUUCAUAUCCUCCUUCUGCAUACACCUACUAAAUAUAUUCAUCAUCAUCGUCAUCCAAAAUAUAUCAAGCAAACAAAAAAAAUGAUGGACACUAAAGAAGAUAACGAGUCUCGAGUUAUAACAUCAACCGAAACUCAACUUCGUGAUUCAGUUUCCGCAAGAACAGGAACGUUAUGGACGGCUGUGACACAUAUAAUAACAGGAGUGAUAGGAGCAGGAGUGUUGUCUUUGGCUUGGGCCACGGCAGAGCUUGGCUGGAUCGCUGGUCCGGCCGCGAUUUUUGCCUUUGCGGGAGUCACACUUCUCUCUGCUUUUCUUCUUGCCGAUUGCUACCGUUACCCCGAUCCUGACAACGGUCCCCUUCGGCUUAAUUCUUACGCUCAAGCCGUUAAAGUGUAUUUAGGGAAGAAGAAUGAACUCGUAUGUGGGGUUGUUGUAUACAUUAACCUUAUGGGGUUUUGCAUUGCUUAUACCAUUGUUACGGCUACAUGCAUUAGAGCAAUUAUGAAAUCGAAUUGUUAUCAUAGAAAAGGACACAAUGCAACAUGUUCAUAUGGAGACAACAACAACAACUUCAUGGUUUUGUUUGGUUUGGUUCAGAUCUUUAUGUCACAAAUACCUAACUUCCACGACAUGUUAUGGCUCUCUAUUGUUGCUGCGAUUAUGUCUCUUACUUACUCCUUCACUGGCAUAGGCCUUGCCCUUGGCAAAAUCAUUGAAAAACGAAAAAUUGAGGGAAGUGUGAAGGGAAGUCCAGCUGAAAACAGAGGUGCAAAAGUAUGCUUGGUGUUUCAAGCUCUUGGGAACAUUGCCUUUUCAUAUCCUUUCUCAAUCAUACUUCUUGAGAUACAGGACACAUUGAGAUCACCACCUGCGGAGAAGAUAACGAUGAAGAAAGCCUCAACGGUUGCUGUAUUCAUCCAAACAUUCUUCUUCUUAUGUUGUGGAUGCUUAGGCUACGCGGCCUUUGGAGAUUCCACCCCGGGAAAUCUUCUGACCGGUUUUGGAUUCUAUGAGCCAUUUUGGCUUGUAGAUUUCGCCAAUGCUUGCAUUGUUCUUCACUUAGUUGGUGGAUGCCAGGUUUAUAGUCAACCUAUUUUUGCGGCUAUGGAGAGAUGGUUAUCGGAGAAAUACCCACAAAACAAAUUCAUCUCCCGAUUCUAUGUCUUAAAACUUCCAAUGUUACGAGGAGAAACAGUGAGAUUGAAUCCAAUGAGGCUAUGCAUGAGAACAGUGUAUGUGGUGAUCACAACGGGAGUGGCAGUAAUGUUUCCCUACUUCAACGAAGUAUUAGGAGUGUUGGGGGCAAUUGGAUUUUGGCCUUUGGCAGUGUAUUUUCCUGUGGAGAUGUGUAUAAUGCAGAAGAAGAUACAAAGUUGGACGCGGCCAUGGCUUCUUCUUAGAGGUUUUAGCUUUGUUUGCUUGUUUGUCUGUCUCUUGUCUCUUGUUGGAUCCAUUUAUGGACUUGUUGGAGCAAAACUAGGAUGAUCAACUAAAACUGCAUGUGUGAUACAUGAAGGGUCUUUGGUAAAUAACUGAAGAAAACUUUUGUGUAAUCCAUUAGCAUUAAAUAUAGAAAGUUAAA